AUACGACAAUACUACAAUGAUUAGAUCGAAUUAAAAUUUUUAAGUUAUGCAAUCUAUUGUAUUUGUUGAAUAAUACUUUAGUUUAUACUAAUUUAUUUAUUACAAUUCAGUUUACUUAUAUUGGCAAUCCUGUGUUUGAUGACGUCAUUGUAAAGUUCCGAAAUUGAAAUCAAUAAACGGUGUGCAAUGUUGUGUGCACAUGAUAGUCGAAGCGAAAUGGUGAUUAUAUCAAAACAAUUUGGCAGAGCGCAUCGUUUUUAUUUGUUAAGUACGAGAGUGUAAAUAUUCUAUUAGAAGAUGGCCCGAAACACGAAAAAAAAAUUGGCGAUAUUCGCUGGAACAUCAAAAUGUUUAAUAUAUGCAGAAGCAAAGUAUUGUGCCUCUGAAAUGCCUGGAGAAAUAAAAUAUUACGAGUGUCCUAGAACCGAAUAUUGUUGCGGUAUUGGUUGUUGCGUAUCACCUGGAUUACAUUUUCAUCAUUUAUGGUAUUAUUGGAUAUUGGUUAUAAUUAUGUUCCUGGUAUGCUCCGGUGGUGGAUGGUGGUAUCGAUAUUGGUUACAAGGAAGAUAUAGAGCAGCUGCAUCAGCUAUUCCAACUAGAGUUUCCAAUUCACGAGCUCAGAGUUCUCUUCGGGGUGGAACAAUGUGUCAAGGGCAGAGAGCUCGUAUAACGUAUAAUUCAGCAAGGAAUACCGUUUUGUUGCAUCGUAUGUGGAAAGGCCCACAAAGAAAUGGAGCGAUACCCACGUACACCAGCAACAACGCAACAACAUCGACUCAUUACCAGAACAUGAGCGUUAUGUUAAAUGAUGCGAAUUGUCCAUAUUAUCAAUUAUAUGGACCACCUCCAAGUUACGAAACCGUGAUGGCUCAAACACGUGGUAAAGUAUCUAAUCCGGCUUCGCCAGAAUCAACGAAUGCCCGAUCAUCAAGCGUUGCGCCAAACGCAACGAAUUCGAAUGUAUCCCAAUGUUUCUCAUAUACGUGCAACCUCUCUACAGGAUUGAAUAACACUUUGGAUCAAAAUACUCAAUAUUCGAAUGGUGAUACGAGUUCUCGGCAACUUGAACGCCGAGAAGGUAUCCCUUUUGUGCAUUUUCCUCAAUAUUGCUCGGUCACAGACGGAACGAUUAGGCAAAACGUAUGUCUUCCUUUCGUCUAUCGAGAACAACAAUUCGUUCCUAGAGAUACCUUUAGCCAUAUAUAUCAAACUAGUUCCAUGAAUUGUGUUCCAUAUCCGUUAGACAAAUCAAAUACCUCGAAUGCAGAGAAUCAAAAUUAUCGAAUGACGAAUACCGAAAGGUAUACAAUGGUAGAAUGUACAGCAGGUAGUAGUAGAGAACAAGAAGUUUGGGAGUCGGAUGAUCGUUCAAUUUCCAAAGUGCACGAUAAUCAAAUAAAAAGGAAUGCGAAUGAAAGAAUGAAAGAAAAAAAUCUGGGAAGAGAAGAAGAAGAACAUGAAUCGGCAAUAGGGACAAGUUUCUCUUCUCUCUUUAAAAUCGAAGGAAGUAGUUCGAAUGAUUCAAAGUCGAUCGAGAAUUGGUUGGAAAGUUUCGAUUCAGAGUUAACGAAUGAUCGUCGUAUUUAUGGUGGUUCUUUAAAAAUAACCGGCAAAUACGCUGAUAAAGAAAGAUUAGACAAAUAUUCCGUUCAAAGGGCUUUCUCGAAAAUUUUGCCCCAUUCUUGCGAUGGACUUAUUAAUACAGAGCCAGCGUCUAUCGAUAUAUCUCAUAACGUAAGUUCUUUAGAAGGAAGAGCUAACGUUAGUGCGAGUUCUUUUCAAUCAAAUCCAUCCAAUAAUGUGAUAUUAAAAUGUUUUGAUUCCGACAACGCGUCUUUGUCCGUAGAGAAUAUCCAAAAAUUUGAACAGUCUCUUUCUCGUCCCGUAAACACUAGUACAAAUUCUGAUCUUGAAAGUAAAUAUCGAUUAGACAGAUCUAAAUCACUGGACUGAUCACUCGUGGAAUAUUCGUGAAAUACUUACAUUUGCUAUCGUAUUACGCAUAUAGUGCUUAUUCUUGUACUCGUUAUUAAUUCAUACGUAUUCGAUCACGUUAUUACCUUGAAAUCGAUCGUGUUAACGCGCUAAUAUAUAUUAUGAAUCGCGGUAAAACAUUCAAUUCAUAAAAUUCUUCUAUAAUCAAUCCAACGAAACGCACUAUUGUUUUCCGUUUUAAAAAUUGAUCUUUGAAUCUCUCUCUCUCUCUCUCUCUC